GGGCCGGAAGCGGCGGCCAUGCUGCGGGGCGGCGGGCGCGCUGUGGCGGGGCUGCUGCGGAGGGUGGCGGCAGGCAGCCGGGAACAGCACCGGGAUCGGGAUCCGGGAUCCAGGAUCCAGGAGCAGGGCUCGGGCUCAGCCCGGCCGCAGCCGCCGGAGCCGUCGCUGCUGCGCUUCCUGGUGUGCCCGCUGUCCAAGAAGCCGCUGAGGUACGAAGAAGCUACCAACGAGCUCAUCAACGAGGAGCUGGGCAUCGCGUACCCCAUCAUCGACGGCAUCCCCAACAUGGUUCCGGAGGCUGCCAGGAUGACGCACAGGAAGCCUCCGGCCGAGGACUCGGAGCAGCCCUGAGGACCCGCCAGGCACAGCGGUAGCCUGAUGGCCGGGGGAGGGAUGCUGCCCUCCCUGCCCACUCUGACUGUGCUCGUUCCCCUCCUGUCCUUGGCAGGCUUGUUUUACUCAGCCAGCGUGGACGAAGCCUUCCCACAGGGCUGCACCAGCACGAACAGCCUGUGUUUCUACAGUCUCCUCCUUCCUGUUACAAUACCGGUUUAUGUGUUCUUUCACCUUUGGACCUGGAUGGGGAUUAAGCUUUUUAGGCACAACUAGUGAGAUGCGUUUGCUAACCUCUGGGCUUCUCUAAAUCAACGCAGCUGGUUUAAUCUCAUCGGGUAUUGCAGUUCGUUGGAGAGUUCCCUUUGGCACUAUGGACUGUCAUAAUUUUCCUAGUAGUAUCUGAAACUGUACGAAGCAGCAGCCCAUUGUUACCUACUGCUAAGGCAGAUUUAGAGUAGGAGUCAUAAGAAGCACUAAUUCCCUCUGUUGUAUCCCUCCAAGAGUGUUGUUGUGCAUUUGUAGUGGCACUGAUGAAAACCACCUAGGUGGAAGUUGUUUUCAUGAGGGAGAACUGUACCCUGACUGAGAAAACUGAUCUUAAAUAAUACACUAAAAUAAAAUAUGCAGUCUUUGAG